AUGGGCAUCCCUGUGCCUCAGCGAUCCGACGAGAUGGCAACGAUGCCACCAGCGAUCGCACCAACUCCACCUGCGCCUGCACCGUCCUCGCCGCACGACGGGCCUGCCGCCAUGGGCGCUCUCGGCCUGCUUCGCCUCUUCUCCAUCUGGCCGCCACCGCCGAAGGCGGCCCCCGCGUGCCCGUCCCAAGAGCGGCACGACGCGUCGUCCCACCCCAUGCAUGCUGGCUCUCCAGGGUCGGAAGGUGCGGCGGCGGAAGCGAGGGAAGCCAUGGAAGCCGCCACGUCACUCGGAAGUAGGGAGGAGAUGGGGCAAGGCAAUUCGGGUGCCGUGGCGUGCACAGCGAUGGCCACAGACGACAGUGCGGCCGCAGAGCCAGCAGCGCUCGGAGAACAAUCGCUCGAGCAGCAGCCCGUGCAAUCGCCGUCGCACGGCAGCGCGACUAGUUGCGCAGAUCCGGGCGCGUGUGCGCCACUGGAGCGCCCCUUCUCCCCCACGUGCGUGCUCGACCCGCCCGACUGGGCGACCGUGGCGGGCCUCGACAGCCUGCAGCUGCCGGCGCUGCAGCGACUCGCGUCGCACGGCGUCAUUUGGAAGGACCCUGCGACGGGGGCCCUGCGACGCUUCACGCUACACUACGGCGGCGAGGUGGACGCGGACGGCAACUGCCUCUUCGCCGCGCUCAACCGCCUCGUACCGCAUCACGACGGCACGGCGGGCCUGCGGCGGAGAGCGGUGCGACGGUUUAUGAAGGAGUACGAGGCGGGCGUGGUGGAGCGCGCGCGCGUGGACGCGGCGGUGCGGCACCUGUACGCGCCGGACGUGGGCGUGGGGUGGGGCGUGCACGUGGUGCAGGAGGUGAAGCUGCUGGCGCCUCGCGCGCAGCGCGCCGAGCUCAUGGCGGCCGUGGGGCAGCUCGUCGACUGCGGCAUGUCAAGGGACCAUGCGGUGGAGAUGGUCGCGAGGGACCGCUGCCUGCCCGUCGACAGCGCGCGCCGCUGGGCGCACUACAUGUCGCUCGGCGCGCCGCUGCUGCCCGCCGGCGCAGCGGACUCCUCGGGGGAGUGCGCGGGGGUGGCGGAGUGGGAGACGGAACGCGAGGCGGCGGGCGGGCACGACGUGGUGUCGCUGCAGUACGCGCAGGACGGCCUGCUCUCCGCCUCCGCCUCCUGGGACUUUUCGCUGUCCGCGCAGAGCGCGGAGCGGGUUGCGGGUUCGGGGGAAACGGCGGCGGGCGGGUGUGGCGGCAUGGCGGCGUUCGGCGACGACAUGGCGAUCGAGAUGCUGGCCACGGAGCUCGCCCGCGAGAUCAUCGUCGUGCAGGCGCACGGGCACGACGCGAUGGUGGAUGAGCAGUCGGCGCUCUUCUUCCUGCCGCACGCCCCCAGGGGCGCGCCACUCUCCGUCGCGCACCCGCCGCUCUUCCUGCUCAUGAAAGGCACAGCAUGGUGCGGGGCAGGUGGCGACCACUACGAGGCCAUGGUGGCCGUGGACCAGGGCGAGGUGCCCGCGGGGGAAGCACAGGGGCCGUGCGGUGCGGUUGUGCUGUGA